AUGCGCAAGACCUACUUCUGUGUGCUUGAACAAAAAGUAGAGCGUUUCAAUAAGGGGUUUGCUACCCAAGAGUUCGAUGGUUUGUUUGAUUUCAAGUAUAAUCCAUCACUGAACGAAGGCAAACAGAAAGGAAUUGUUGCUAGUUGUGAUUUUGCUGCAUACAAGCAAUGGAAAGAUGAAUAUGAAGUCAAGGAGCCAAGAAAAACAUCUACUUCGAAGACGAUUGAGCUUUCUACACUUCAUCAGGAUUUCGAAUUGACAUUCAAGUCUGAGCAUAAGUUGGCAACACUAAUUGAACUAGUAGAGUAA